AUGGACGAAUUAAGCGAGAUUGGAGAUGAAGAGGGCGUAUACGAGGAUUCACUCAAGAUCCCUGAUAUCUCAAUCGUGGAGUCAUCCGCUGAACUUCUUUACGGCCUUAUCCAUCAGCGCUACAUUAUUACUCGGCAAGGCAUGCAACAGAUGGUAGAAAAGUUUGAGCAGGGUCACUUCGGCGUUUGUCCGCGCAUAUUUUGCAAUUCGCAAUUCACAUUGCCAUGCGGCCGAUCUGAUCUCCCUGGACUUGAUACCGUCAAGCUCUUCUGUCCUAAUUGUCUUGACAUCUACACGCCUCCAAGCAGCCGAUUUCACGGGAUUGAUGGUGCAUUCUUUGGUACCACUUUUCCUCACCUGCUUCUACAGAGCUACCGCGAUCUCGCUCCUUCGAUUCUUGCUCCAACAAACCCCUCUUCCCAAACGAGUGAGGAUUCUCCUGGCUCAUCUAUGGACAUUUCGGCAACAUCCAAAGAGGAGAAUGCUACGAAUAGUACAAAAACACUCUCACUGGCUCUUCUUGGACGCAAGGUACCACAAACUGGCAUUUAUACACCACGUAUCUACGGUUUCCGCGUCAGCGCUUUUGCACCCAGCGGCCCUCGCAUGCAGUGGAUGCGAAUGCGACCACAUUCACUCUCUGAGUUGAGUACUUAG